UAAACAGCUGAUUGUGAUACCGGCGAUUGCAACUACAUGGAAACAAAUAUUUAUUUUACAUAUGUUGUGCAAUAAAAAUAAUUAAAAUGUUAAGAGUGGUUAAAACGACAAUAAAUUUUGGAUCUACACCAAUUAAACUAAUAGCAAAUGUUGGGGAGAAGCCACCUACAUUCAGAUUGUUUUCAACGGGACGUCAGAGAUGGCAAUAUGCCCGAGGAAACGGAACAUCUACCGUGCGAUAUGAGGGUAACAAAAAAAUAACGCCUCUAGGCUGGUUUUUGUUACUAGCGCCAGUUUCCACAUUUGGUCUAGGAUGUUGGCAAGUGAAACGUAAAGCAUGGAAAGAACAAUUAAUCAAGGAUUUGGAACAACAAACGCAAAUGGCACCAGUACCAUUACCGGAAAACCUGACUGAAUUGUCUGGCAUGGAGUAUCGUUUGGUUACUGUACGUGGGAAAUUCUUGCAUGAAAAGGAAAUGCUAAUGGGACCCCGCUCAUUUAUACGUCCCGACGGCGGUGAAACCGCUGGCGGCUUAUUCUCACAGCGUGAUACGGGCAACGGCUACCUUGUGAUAACACCUUUUAAAUUAGCUGACAGAGAUGAAACAAUAUUGAUCAAUCGCGGUUGGGUGGCGCGAAAGCAAGUCAAACCCGAAACACGCAGUGCGGGACAGAUUGAAACUGAGUUAGAAUUAACUGGGGUGGUACGCAUGGGUGAAAACCGACCACAAUUUUCGCCAGAUCACAAAGGCGGCAUUUUUCUGUACAGAGAUUUACCAAAAAUGUGCGCAUUAACUGGCGCAUCGCCGAUUAUGUUAGACGCCACCUACGAGUCAUCCGUACCCAGUGGUCCCAUAGGCGGACAGACACGUGUCACCCUACGUAAUGAGCAUUUGUCGUACCUGUUAACGUGGUUUAGCUUAUCAGCAAUUACUUCCUUCCUUUGGUACCGGCAAAUUGUAAAGAGGAUACCUUUUUAAAAGUCACACACACACAAUAUAUCAUUGCAAAAGUAAUUUAAAUUAUUGAUUACACUUUUAUUUCAAGUUUAUCGUAAAAUAUACUUAGUUACUGCGCACAUACAUAAUUGGAAUUUCAUACAUAUUGCAACGAUUUUUAUUGGCAAAACGAAUUAAAACGCGCAAAAAUUCGUGUUCAAUGCAUGAUUUUAUGUUUUUCGAAAUACCUUUGUGUAAAUAAAAUACAAUAGAACAUUGCA